AUAUUGGCCUCCGAAGAAAUGAUUCUCUCUGAGUGAGGAAGAACAAGAGUGAAAGAAUACCCUAAAAUGAUUCUGUCCAGGGAACAUGCAAACAUGGGAACACUAUCUCUUAUAUAAGAAGUCUCUCAGGCUUCUUAGACAAAUAGCAAAAUUGAAGCUCAGAGAUGGUCCAAAUGAUGUUGUGUUCAGUAUUACAACCCAAUAUCAAGGUACUUGCCGCUGUGCAGGAACAAUAUACCUCUGGAACUGGAAUGACAGAAUCAUCAUCUCUGAUAUUGACGGAACAAUAACAAAGUCUGAUGCCUUAGGACAAAUUCUCCCACAGCUUGGCAAGGACUGGACCCAUCAAGGCAUUGCAAAACUCUACCAUUCCAUCAAUGAGUAUGUAUCUUACUUUGAAGCAACCGGGUAUUUGGGAUUACUGACUAAUAGAAUUAAAAUGAAUCAGAUUAACUAAAACACAUGCUAUUGCUUUGCCCAUGAACUACCACUUUCCCUGGUAAUUUGAUCUUUUGCAUUGUAUUUCCAAGGAAUAAAUUCAGAUUUUAGUUUUAAAAAUUGUAGUUUUAUAACAGAAAUUCUAAAGACCAUCUUAACUGUUGUGCUGGUUGGGAAGCAGAAUUGUAACUGUUCUUCAGAUUGCAGUGAGUGUCUGUUACACUUUAAAAGAAUCAUGAAAACACUUAACUAUCUUGUAAAAGUUAAUUUAAAUGUAAGUGUUGGGUCUAAACUGUGUGCUUUCAGUUAUUUAUAUCUUGCAUAAUUUUAUACAUGUAAGUUACUGAACUCCAGAUGUAUAUUGAUCCUGCUUCUUUAAAAUGUUCAGUUCUUUGAAAAGCAUAGAGUCUAGUAAUCUUUUAAAUUGUUUAAAUUUGUUAACUUGACAAAUAUAUUUUUCUCUCCUGAUUUGGUCCUUUGUGUGGCAAACACUUUUCAAAAACAUAUUGACAGCGCCAUCAUUCACUACCAACCCUGGGAAUAGUAUUUAACUGCAUUUAGUGUUGUGCCUGAGGGAUACAAGAUGAGUAAUUGUUUAAAUUAUUUGGAAAUAUCCCCAUUUUUAAUGGAAGUUUAAGUUGAAAUUUAGAAUCAUUGCCUUGACAGAUUAGAUUUGAGGCCUUGGAACCUUCAUGUUGACCUCAGAUAUAAGGUAAAAGGCCAAAAGUUGCCUCUUCAUACCCAUUACUGUCAAUGGGAGUUGGGCAGAACUUCAAUAUCUUACUCAUUGGAAGCAGCAAUCUUGGCACUGUGAGCCAAAUUUCAUAGGCCUCUAAAAAUGCACUUGCAUCCACUUGCACACACAAGACCAACACUGUGUACAUGCUCAAAUGCAGCUUUUUUUCAUGUGAAUAGAUGUGCGUGCAAAGUCUGCAGGAACAUUUUUAGAGAUUUACUGAAAACUCGUUGUUCAGCAAUUCUGACAUGACAUACUGUAACUAAAUAUUUUUGCCUACAAGCAACAGCAGAACAUUUUAAUAUCCAGAAAUGGAGUCCUUAUCUGCAAAUGCACGUUUAAUAAUUGCUAUAACUAAUAGAGAGGGUUGAAUGAGAGUUGGAUAUAGGUUUGUUUACAUUAAUUUUUUUUGCCAAUUAUCCAGAAUCACCAGGUUGUGCAUAAAUCUAACCUGUAACAGUGUGAUCGAAGUACUUAGUACCUGCUCUCCUUUUCCCUUCUCUAUUAGGCUUGCUUUUUGAACCUUUAAAUUAUUACAGACUCUUCAAAUUAGGGACAACCUCCUCUACCUCUGCA